GCGCGGCGGCGGCGAGCUUUCAGUCGGACGCACGCUCGCGUCGGAGAUACGCGCGCGCGUCGGGAGUACCGCGCGAGAAGGAAAGAGAAAAUAAGAGAGUGAGAGAGAGAGAGAGAAGAGACACGCACGUCCACCCGCACGUAAAGCGCGGGAUCGGCAACCCCGAAAGGUGGAGUAGCGUCUCGGGCGGCAAAAUGGCGGUCGUGAUAAGAAACAAAUGAUCGGGGAUUGGCGAACAGCGAUAAACUGAGUUUGCGCGCGGAAAUCCAGGGGUGCCUUCGAAGAGGCGGUGGUCCUCUCCUUUCCCGGUGGUGGUGGUGGUGCACGAAGAUAUACGUGCGGCUGCUAUAAUUUUUUCCUCUCUCUCUCUCUCCGAGCCGGGUGAUAUAUCGUAUAUAGACGCGCCGAGAGCGCGCGACGCGUUCCUCCCUUCGGCGAGAAGGGAGAAUACGACCUCCCCGAAUUUGAAAUCACGAGGGUUGGCCAUGAGGGACUGCUGGUCGGCUGGUCGCGUGCGGGCGCGCUGACGUGCGAGCUGUGUGAUUCGAUUAUCGAUCACGGGAUCCGUCACGGAACCUAGGGUGCAGGAGGGCGCGCUCGAGGAUGCUCGCGGAAAGAGCGACGUGGAAUCCGGGGCAGCGAUCCGCGGGAAACGGUGCCGAUUCGAUAGAUUGAUGGACCUGCCGACGGAGACCGAUCGCGUCGCAACCAUGCAUUUGCACUUUGAGAAGAAUAACAACGCCAAGUGCGAUUGCAAUAUCCUGUCGCUCAGCUGGAUGGGCAAAGUGCCGGACGAGUCGCCGGAGGAUGAAGGAUGGAAACUCGAUCGUACAAAUUACUACCAAGAAGGAUGGUUGGCUACCGGCAAUGCUCGCGGCUUGGUAGGGGUGACUUUUACUACAUCGCAUUGUCGUACCAGAACCGCGGAACUUCCACUCAGAGCAAAUUACAACCUCCGAGGGCACCGUAGUGAAGUGAUACUCGUCAAAUGGAACGAACCCUACCAGAAACUAGCCUCGUGCGACAGUUCGGGUGUAAUCUUCGUUUGGAUCAAAUACGACGGACGAUGGAGUAUAGAAUUAAUCAACGACAGAAGCACACCUGUUACACAUUUUUCUUGGUCCCACGAUGGUCGUAUGGCUCUUAUAUGUUACAGGGAUGGUUUCGUUCUGGUUGGGAGUGUCGCCGGUCAAAGGUAUUGGUCGUCGAUGCUCAACGACAAAGCGACGAUAACCUGCGGCAUUUGGACUCCGGACGAUCAGCAGGUCUAUUUCGGAACGACUGCGGGCCAGUUAAUCGUGAUGGAUGUCCACGGGGCUAUGGUGUCGGAGGUACAACUAGCGGCUGGUGUCACGUCGAUGGCGUGGAGCGCCGAAAAAUUCACAAUGGAUGAGGAUGAAACGUGUGACCGAUCUCAAAAAGAUGACCGGAAUUACGUCCUAGCCGUUUGUCUUGCUGACGGCAACAUCGUCAUGUUACGGUCAUUCGACGACGUGUCGCCCAUUACGAUACGCAGCAAUCUGAAGCCGCCUUUACACGCCGAGUGGAGCAACUCUAGAAAACUUCUCGCUAUCGCCGGCACGAAGGAGUCCGAACACGUACACCCGGGAAGUCCGCAGGAGUAUACGAAUCUGCUCAAGUUCUACUCAGUUAAUGGUACUCUCGUAUACACGACUGAGAUUCCGUACACGCAAUGUCCAGUAUCGGCGUUGACAUGGGGACACAACGACAGGCGACUCUUCGUAGCGACCGGAGCGCGCAUCCACGCCGCUUGGGUCUCCAGGAGAGUGGGCUCGCUACAACUGUUGUCGAGGCUAGCGGUGAGAGCGUCUCUCACGAGGGAAUCCAACGUUCAACAGCUUCCAUUGCCACCACGAUUGAGAGCUUCGGUGGCUGCCCUGUUCGCCAACACGAUACGAUGCUCAGUCCCGGAACCGAGAGAACUGCGACGCUUCGUGUCGAGGCCACCGCCUGGAGGUAGUCGAUUGCACUGCACCAUGCUUAGACAUGCCGUCGAACCCGUGCCGUGUUACACGCUCUAUCUGGAAUACCUGGGCGGUCUUGUGCCACUUCUCAAAGGCAGACGGACCAGCAAGAUCCGGCCCGAGUUUGUGAUAUUUGAUCCGCAGAGCCAGGAAACUCUACAAGUGUUCGACGACAUGUUGCAGUGUCCAUCGUACAGCGACGGCUCGGACACCGAGAAAGACACGGCGGAUUUAUGCGGAUCCCCCCGAUACCGGAAGAAGAACAGGAAGAAAAGGGACGAGAAAUCGAACGAAGAAGCGACGGAACGGGAUGAGAAGCCGAACGAUCUCUCAUACGUGGAUACCUUGCCGGAGCACGCGAGACUGGUCGAAGUAACGUCAAACAUCUGGGGCACGAAAUUCAAGUUUCACGGCCUGGCGGAUUCGAUCCCCGCGAACCUAGGUCAAGUGACUUAUCGAACGUCGUUGCUGCACCUGCAGCCUAGACAAAUGACGCUCGUGAUGACGGAGCUUCGGGACGAUCUACCCGCAGGUCCGGAUCCAACGUUCAACCCGAAUCUAUUUUCCGAGGACGAGGAGGAGUCGUAUCAGGAAACGAGCUCGCGAGCCACCCCGGAGGCUCAACCGCCGCCGAUCGCGCCGAUGACGCCUCGCAACGCCCGUUUGAAUCAUCCGAGUCGACCCAAGUCCCAGAUGUCAAACCAAUUUCUAGCGACGGAGACGUCGCUGGGAAAGAUCGAAAGCUACGAGAGCGAGUACGUACCGUACGUAGAUCUACAGGACAUGGGCAAUCUGUACGAGAACAUUAGGAAUGCUCCCACCAACACGUAUCGCACACCACCGAGACACAAUCCGCCGCGAUGUUGCGACGUGCCGGCUCUGCAAUCGCCGAAAAACGCGGUCGCGCCUACGCAGACGUUGAUAGCGACGUCGAACGCGGGUACCGAUUACUCCAACAGCAUUCAGAGGAUGAAGAACGUUCUCGCGGACGUUCAGCAAACCGGCGUGCCGACGAAGAAGGAACUCGAGAACAACAAGCUCAAUCAGAUCGCGUCGGACGACAAGAGCCUGACGUCAAGUACUUGUCCGACGAGCAUCAUCGCCAUGCAAAACGGCCAGACCGCGGAAGCAUCGAGCAGUCGGUACUCGAUCUCGCAGAGCCCGGUUACGAACGGCAUCGAAAAUGUCGAUUGCACCCCAGCCGUAUACCUGAACGGUCUAAACAAUAUGGCGUGCGCGAGCAACGCCGUCCACCAAUCCGCGAUGUCGCAGAACGCUCACAGUUUUGUACAUAGUAAGAAUAAUCAAAAUACCGGGGCGAGUUUCAAUGCGACGUCGUCGAACAACAACGGUUCCUCUCAGGUCGGACAUGCCGCGGGUCUACUUGUCGGCGCUAAGAACGGCGUGCACGGGAUAGUGUCGCCCGCGUGUUCCUAUCAAUUUCCGGAAAACAUCGAACAGUGCUUCGGAUCGUCGUGCACACAGUGUUUCGCGAAACAAAAGGAUCCCAAGUGUCACGCGUGUUACGGUAAGACGAAUGCUGGGACGACACCCGGUGUCAUUAAGCUCGACGAGGAUCUGAUGCGAUUCAGCGACGACGAUAUCAGCCGCGGCGAUGCGGGAUUAACGCGGGGCGUUCACAGAACCUCAACUGUGAUCAGUAUCGGCCCAAUGUGCUCCAACGACUCGAUAGUCAGGAGUUGCAGCGUCGGUUAUCUGGACCUGGUGGACGCUCAGCUGGUACCGUGCGACGUCGCGUUGCGAAUGCUGCGCAGGGACGCGCCGAACAAGAGACUGGUGUUGGUGUCGCGAAAAACGAAACGACGAAAAAGAAACAAGCCUCAGCCGCAACUCGACGCGAGUCAGCCGAGCUCGAAGCCGCCCAGAUUGCGCAACUGUGGCAAGUCCAAAAGUCUGGAUUCUAGCGAUAUCUUUCCGAGCAACGAGCAUAUAGCCUCCCCGCCGCAACUGCCGGAACAUGUGGAGGAGACGACGGUGGGAAUGAACAAUUCCGAGAUGGUCGAGGAUAGCGCGGUCAAAUGCGAGGAAUCUGAACCGUCGAAGGAUGCGACGCGCGAGAUCGUCGACAAACGCGAGGAAAGCAACGGACAUGUUGUUCAUGAAGUUCAUACUGGAGAGAAGCCGAGCCGAUCGCAAGCAGCCGCGUCUCUUGUCAAAGGAUCGAGUCCAAGCGGAUCAUUCGCCUCGUCUCUCGACGGUCUCGCAGCGAGACUUCGAGAUUUCGAUGACAGUCAUUCCUUGCCACCUCCUUCUCCUAGGCCAUCAUCAAGAUUGCCGAGGAGUUCGCCCAGCAGUCCAGCACCGUCUAAGAAAGGCAAGAGACCGGCGUCGGCUUCUCCAAUCCGUAGAAGGCUUUUGUCGAGUCCGCUGUUGAGCAGAAGGAUGCGAAAGAGUCGCGGCGAGAGCUCGGACGAGGAGGGUCUUCUUCAGGACGACUCCUCGUCGACGACGAGUUAUCGAGACUUAGAAACAUUCCAGAAGGCUCAAUUACGUCAGAAGCUCAAGCAGAGAGGAGCGGUAAUCUCCAAGCCGGAAGCGAUAAGGCGCGACGCACAACUGGUGAUGCACAAUAAAGCGCCCAUGUGGAACGAAUCCAGUCAAGUGUACCAGCUCGAUUUCGGCGGCAGAGUGACUCAGGAAAGCGCCAAGAAUUUUCAGAUUGAGUUCAGAGGUAGACAGGUAAUGCAGUUUGGAAGAAUAGACGGAAAUGCCUAUACGUUGGAUUUCCAGUAUCCGUUCAGCGCUUUGCAAGCGUUCGCCGUCGCUCUGGCGAACGUCACGCAACGACUUAAGUAACUACUCGCUCUACGAUACGUUCAAAUUAUAGAAAAUUUAAGAAUGGAAGAUCUCGCGCGAGGCCUUCAAAAUUGUCGAGAGUUCACGGAAUUCCGUUCACUAACUUGUCCGAGGUUAUAACAUAUUGACGAGACGAUAAUGACUUUUUGCGAGUAAUUUUCUAGCGUCGUGGUGAAAGAAAUCGCGUAGCCAGGACGUCAGAGAAGAUCGUCAGCUGUUUCGAGGACAAUGUGCAAUGAAGAAAUGUACGUUAAUUUUCGCGAGUGCAGUUGCGAGCGAUUUGAAUUUGAGUGGAAUACAAAGAUUUUGUGUCGGCAGCUAUGUUUUGUUGAAUGCUUCUUCGUCGUACCGUCCAAAAUAUUUCGUUUCUCCCAACUUCGAGCGCUCAUUUUUGUAUAGUUUAUGCGACACGUUGGAGUCUAGUGACGCUGUUGACGGUUUACCUCGUUCAUUUUUGUGGUUCCGCCGAGUGUGUGUAUUCGAAUUUUAUAUACACUAUAUUAUAUUGACAGACUCGCACGUGCACGGGCGAGUGUUUCAUGUUGUUCAAUUAAAUGUUUCUUAACGCGUAAUGGUAAAAAUAACGAUAAUAAUAUAGUAAUGAUAAUGAUAACGCUAAUAAUAAUAAUAAUAACGAUAAUAAGAGUAACGAUUGUAACGUAACGUUUGACGUCCGGCCUGUCUUCGCCAUUAAUGAGGUAACGGGGCAGACUAAUCCUAAGGAGAGAGCGAGAUAUCGAAAGUAUGCACCGUGUGUAUUAUGCAUCUCGAGAUGUGAAUCGCGUCGUAUGCAACUGCAAGUCGAGUCGACGCACGAUCGCAUCGUGGUGCUCGCUUCGUCGACGAAAAAAAAGCGAUCAGGCCUACGCAAGGCAGGCAGUGUGUUCGUCGUCGGGGAAAAAUUCGUCGAAAAUUCUGACGACGGUGUCCUAUACAUCAGGAGUCAAGAUUCCCGCUCGCGACUUCUGUUCCGCGAUACGGAGAAUUGUGUUUGUUUCUGCGUCCGGAAAUCUGAACUUAAAACGUAACGUCUCGUUAGGAUCCAUAUUUUCUCACACUCCGCAGCAUCGCGCGUAUAAUUACGGUAAUUCGGGAUUCAGAUGCCUUUUUUACACCGCGAGUUUCGCACGUUUCGAAUCUACAUAUACAUAUACAUACAUCCGUAUCCUGCAUCCGUUCGAGAUGGAUCCAUCCAUUUUAGCGACGGUUUUAGAAACUCUCAUCAGAUCGUCGAAAUGCCGAACGGUAUAAGGUCGUAAUACGACGAUCGAUUGAUUCUCUAGUCGUUCCCCGUAUAUUGCUCCACACCCUCUUCAGCAAGUAAUUGUAACGUCGAGCACUAUUUUAACGUAACGUCGCGACGAGAAUCAUCGCGAACUCGCGUAGCGGAUGAUUCGAAAGAGGAUUUAUUGGAAAUACAUGCAUUACAUUGUUGGCAUGAAUAAGGGAACUUUUUUUCUCAAACUCGUCCGAUAUUUAAAUCGAUAUAUAAUGAGUUCGUGAAUUUCUCGUAACGACGGAACUAAGGAUUUUGUAUUCCGAGUGCGGAUUUCUCUUCCAUUUGUGCGAGCGCGCGCGUUUCGCAUUUAAUAGAAAGUUUCCCUUUAAUACGAUUACACCAGAGUGAUAUAAAGUUACUCUCGCGUCUACACACCCCGCUAACUUUUGAAUACCAUUGAAUAAGAGCUUGACAACAGGCACAUGGGAGAGAGGAGGGAGCGAGAGAAUGAAAGGAAGCACACAUGUUUAAAUGAAAUCUCAGAAGUGUAUUCAGAAGUUGAAGUUGAAACGGGUGCGCGAUUGGAGGAUAAUUCCGUACCGUUUGUCGUGUCUCAUUGCAUCGUUUAAGCACUUCAUCAUCAUCUCGCGCCAUCCGAUUCCGAUCGAACAUAUCUCAUCAUUUGUUGUAAAAAAAAUAUUGCAUCCUUCGACAGCCGAGCAAAGCGGAUUUGAGUCACGCGGAGCAACAUAAAGUUACAUCAUUGUGCGUUUUAAGGCCCCCCAAAAAACGGGGUCGUCGAAUUUACGCGAGUAGCAGUUUCAUGUGAAUUAAAAUAUAUGGAAAAAAAAAAAAAAAAAAAAAAAACAAAUCGCGCAUUAACGAUUUUCCGUAUCCCAUAUAAUAUUGGACAUUCGCAUAAAGAUGCUAUACACCGCGUAAAUUCGAGGACCCUUGGUAUAAGAUAUAACGCGAAGACGAUUUUCUAGUGAAAUAAUCGAUGCUGUGAUUAUCCGUACAGAUAAAAGUAAAAUAAAAAUACGCGUUAUACUUCUCUUUUGUAAUCUCUUCGAGGACUUUGAGCGUAUUUCGUAGGAGAUUUGCGCGACGCUUCAACGCUGGUAAAAAAAUAGAGUGCCUACAUUUGCAUUUGACCGAAACCGCCUAUUUAAACAAACGAGAUUAAUACUCGACAUCAAGCCGCAUAUGAGAUGUAAUGACUCGAAAGCACUCGCAUCUCGGAUAAAAUGCUUGUUAUAUUCUCACGCGCAUUUCACAUUAUUAAUAUAUUUGCACAUUUUAAGUCAUGCGUUUUUCCAAGAAUGUAAAAAAAGGUGCAAACAUCAGGAUUCGCGGUUAAUUGCAUAAAAUGUGUAUCUCUAAUCUGCGAUUCCCCUAAUUUGUUUCACUCAUCUUUCGCGACACAGGCGUAUACACUUGACACGUGACUGAGCUCCAAAAUGUUCGGCCUAGCUCAAAAGUUAAUUCUUGAUAUGUUAACCUUUUACGUUCGAUGCUUCGUUUCUCUCCUUAUCUUAAUGGUAGCGUUAUAAAAAGAAUUGUGCUUAAAAAAAAGAAACGCUAUAUGUAAAUUUUACGACUGAAUAUAUCAUAAGGAGAAAGACGAUUAAGCAUUGUAUCCAAUUGGAAAUACGAUUUUUCUCGUACGGAUGACGUAUAUAUUGUUAAUUCAGUUCUUGCCUUAGUGCUAUAACGAUAAUUCUGUAUAUGUGCAAUGUAAUUUUGUUACCGAAUACAUUAUCGCGAGACUAUUUGUAAAUAAAGAAGGAAAUACUACGUAUAAAAAUGUAUAAUAUAUGAUUUACGCUUC